UGCAUGGAUAUUUCUCCAUUUUCAUCCGUAAAUAAAUGGCUCUACAGACAUGGUGUUCCUUCGUCUUACCCACAUUCCCUUCUCCCAAAACUCUCUCCCCAAAUCCACACCCCCAAGCAUCUCUGAACCACAGACGCCACAGUUAUGACCCUCAAACAUGGCCUCUUUUGGGCAAGAGAGAGCUCUGCCUCUCAUCUCUGGCCUUAGUUCUAAAUGGGUUUUCCCCAUACUUGCCAAACUCCUUUUCUGCGGAAGAGCUUGAGCUCGAGAGAUACACGGAUUCCAAUGAGGGUUUCACUCUUCUCAGGCCUUCCUCUUGGAUUAAGGUUGAUAAAGCAGGGGCGACUGUUCUAUUUGAAGAGGCUAACAAGGGGAGCAACAAUGUCGGGGUCGUGGUGAACCCGGUUCGGCUUUCCAAUCUCCGGGAGUUUGGGAGUCCUGAAUUUGUGGCUGAUAAGCUUAUUCAAGCCGAAAGGCGCAAGGAGAGUACAAAAGAGGCUGAGGUGAUUGACGUUGCGGAAAGAUCAGGGCGCGAAGGCCUGCAAGUGUAUGAGUUUGAGUACAAGGUUGACAGCACUAGGGGAGGCAUGAAGAGGAUCUUUACAGCAGCAUUUGUUGCCUCAAAGAAGCUUUACCUCCUAAAUAUCUCUCACUCAGACAAACCCGAGAAUCCACUCAAUGACCAUAUAAGAAUGAUAUUGGAGCAAGUUCUUCAUUCAUUUGAUUCAGCUCCCCUGAUAUAAGAUGCAGUGGAUUUGCGUGAUCUAUCACAAGCCAUGACCAUGCUUUGUUCCUCUGCAACUUGUCUAGAUUCAUAUUUAAGCAAGGAUUUUGGAAGCUCAUUGGCCAAGGUAGAGGCAUUUUUAAACCACUUAUCGAACAAAUUUACUCUACUUUUCUUAUCAGUUGAUGGCAUAACUUUAACUUUAGGC